CUUGUUUUCGUUUUCCUCCGGUCCAAAACCAAAUCCAAGUUCCGAACUGAGGACUGUGCUCAGUAUGUUUUAGUUAUCUGGUUCCACUGAAUCCAACAACCACAGCCUCGUUAUGCGGUCAUACGAGAGUGGUUGUCAACUCGGGGGCGGCGACGCGCAGUGUCCGGAGUGCCGACCGGAAACAGAAAAAAGAGUGAAGCUGUAGGACGUGGAAGUAGAAGAAGAACGACGUAAACAGGACAUAAACAUGGCUGCCGACAGUGAUCCCGAGUCAGAGGUGUUUGAGAUCACCGACUUCACAACCGCGUCAGAGUGGGAACGGUUUGUGUCCAGGGUGGAGGAAGUGCUAAAUGACUGGAAGCUGAUUGGGAAGUCUCCAGGAAAGUUGUCCCUAGAGAAGGGUGAAUACACCACUGGCACCUGGGGGGAGAAGUCUCAGGAUAUAAAUUUUGCUGACUUUAAGUUCUUCAUAACUCACUACUUUCUGAAACAAGAAUGUGAGAAGGACGAUGAGAAGGACAAGCUCGAGGAAGAUGCCUUCCCCUUGGCAAUGCAGGACCUUCUCUGUAUGAACAAUGAUUUCCCUCCUCGAGCCCAUUGCCUGGUUAGAUGGUACGGUAUACGAGAGUUUGUGGUCAUCUCCCCUGGAGCCAACUGCGAGGCAAUCAUCAGUGAGUCCAAAUGCAAUCUGCUCCUCAGCUCCGUCUCCAUUGCUCUGGCCAACAGUGGCUGUCAGGUGCCCAUGUUUGUUCAGAUCCAGCAGAAGUGGAGACGGAUGUACGCUGGAGAGUGCCAGGGACCAGGUUUGCGCACUGACUUUGAGAUAGUCCACCUCCGCAAAGUGCCAAGUCAGUACAACCACCUGUCUGGUCUGCUUGACAUCUUCAAGUCCAAGAUAGGUUGUACCCUGUCCCCUCUGCCUCCAAUCAACAUUGCUAUCCGUUUUACCUACAUUCUCCAAGACUGGCAACAGUAUUCAUGGCCACAGCAGCCUCCAGACUUUGACACGCUCCUUGGGGGUGAGGUCGGGGGGGUAGAGUUUGGAAAGCUUCCUUUUGGAGCCUGUGAGGAGCCAAUCAGUGAACUUCAUCUUGCAACCACUUGGCCUCACCUGACAGAGGGCAUCGUUGUGGAUAAUGAAGUCUACAGUGACCUCGAUCCCCUCCAGGCUCCUCACUGGUCAGUUCGAGUCAGGACAGCUGAAAACCCUCAGUGUUUGCUGGGUGAUUUACUGAUGGAGUUCUUUAAGCUCUGCUCUAAGAAGGAGUCUACAGAGGAGAUUCUGGGAAGAAGACUGGCUGAGGAUGAGAGCAAAGAAAACAGUGACAUCAGCUCUGCUUUAUCCAAGCUGACAGAGCCAGCAGCAACGGUGCCGAUCUCCAAACUAUCCGUCUCUAACAUGAUGCACAGCGCACGAAAGCACAUCCGACGACACAGACGCAUCGACGAGUCACCACUUAACACUGAUGUACUCAACUCUGUUCUUCUGUAUCUCUUCCCAGAUGCUGCUGUGGAGAAGUCAUCAGAGAGCAGCAAGAAUAGAACUGCACAGGCAAACUCUGGUGGGAAAGCUGAGCAAGAUAAAAACUCUGACUAUAACCUUUUCCUCCAGCUAAAGUCAGCACCCAUCGACAGUCUGACCUAUCGUCUGGCACUGUGUGUGUGUUUGGUAAACUACAAUCACGGUGGGCUGCGGGCCGUCGCCCACCUCUGGCAGGAGUUUGUCCUAGAGUUGCGCUACCGCUGGGAAAACAACUACCUCAUUUAUGGACUGGCCAGUGGACCUCCUGAUCUUCGCUGUUGUCUUUUGCAUCAGAAGCUGCAGAUGCUGAACUGCUGCAUUGAGAGGAAGAGGGCCAGAGACGAAGCUCGCAAGGUGCUGGAGGGAAGCAGAGAGACAGAGCACAAGACGUCUGGCUCCGGCCAGAACAGCUGUCCCUCACCAGAGUCUGCAACAGGAACAGCAACUGCGUCGACUUCAGCGAGGGAGGUGUCUCCAGGGAAAUCGUGGGACUCUUGGAGUGACAGUGAGGAUGAGUUUUUUGAGUGCCUGAGUGACCAGGGGGAGGUAGAAGCUCCACAUACUGAGGGAGAAAAGAAUGGCAGUAAAGCAGAGGGCAGGCUGCACCCCUAUAACAACAUGACUCUGCUCAACUCUACGGAGCCUCUCUACGUCCCUGUCACACAGGAACCUGCGCCCAUGACAGAGGAUCUGUUAGAGGAGCAGUCUGAAGUACUGGCCAAACUGGGAACAUCAGCUGAAGGUACCCACCUGCGUGCCCGGAUGCAGAGCGCCUGUCUACUCUCUGACAUGGAGUCCUUUAAGGCAGCCAACCCAGGCUGUGUUCUGGAGGACUUUGUGCGCUGGUAUUCACCCAGAGAUUACAUAGAAGAGGAGGUGGUCGACGAGAAGGGAAACAAAGUGGUGAAAGGCGAGCUUAGUGCCAGGAUGAAGAUCCCAGGCAACAUGUGGGUGGAGGCAUGGGAGACGGCCAGGGUUACACCUGCACGCCGCCAGAGACGACUUUUCGACGACACUAAGGAGGCUGAGAAGGUUCUGCACUAUUUGGCAAUGCAGAAACCUGCAGACCUGACCCGCCAUCUCCUGCCAUGCAUACUCCAUGCUGCUAUUCUGAAGCUGAAGGAGGAAGAAUCGGUAGAAGACAUUCCAUCCAUCAAAAAAACCAUUCAGCAGGCUGCAUCUCAAGCCAGCAAGCUGCUGCACCCCCACAACUACGACUACAAGAAGUUAGAGGAUUUCAUUAACCAGUUGAUGGCCAUGGAAACAGUUAUCACCCAAGCUCGCUCGCUCAAGGCCAAGUUUGCCAUUAGUGAGGGUGACAAGGGAGAGGACACAGGUGACCUAGAGAAGUUCGUGAGCUCCCUGUUGGAAGAACCAGAGGUAGUAGUGAUCGGAGCUGGCCAGGGGCCGGCUGGCAGCAUCAUCCACAGGCUGUUUGUCAACGCUCAGAGGCUGGCUGACUUCACCAGUGAUGAGGCUGCCCUCCUGUCACCACUGGAUGAAGACUUAGGGCAUGACAGGAAGCAGACCGGGGGAAGCAACAAAGUGCCUGACUUCCCUUUUCCAGCAGGCCGGGAGAUUCUGUUGCGUACGUGUGUCCCUCGUCCUGCGCCGUACUCCAAAGCUCUGCCUCAGCGGCUCUUCUGUGUGUUGAUGAGGGAGGAGUUCAGGCUGGCAGGGGCCUUCUCUUCAGACACUUCGUUCUUCUAAGUUUAGACGGCUUUGCACAGUAUUUCAUCUGAAACCAUGUUCCAUUUGCUGAUAUACACCGAUCAGCCAUAACAUUAUGAAAACUGGUGGAUGAAAUGGAUAGCAUUGAUCAUCUUGUUAUAACACAAUGUUCUGCUGAUGAACCUUUGGUCCUCACAUUCAUUUGGAUGUUACUUUGUCAUGUACCACCCACCUAAAUAUUGUCACAAACCAAUCACACAUCCCUCCAAUGGCAACAACACUCCCCAAUGUCAGGGGCCUCCCCCAGCAGGAUGAUGCUCCCACCACACCACAAAAACUGCUCAGAAAUGUCUCCAGGAACACGACAAAGACCCAAGGUGUUGUCCAAAUGAACGUCAGGACCAAAGGUUCCUCAGCAGAACAUUGUGUUAGAAUGAGAUCAUCAUUGUUAUUCACUUCAUCUACCAGUGGUCAUAAUGUUAUGGCUGAUCGGUGUAUAAUUCACACCUUGGAACCAGAAGACCAGUCAAGGUGGCACAUUAACUACAUUCAGUGUCUGUUAACUAAAUCACGUGUAGUCAUGGCCUUAGAAAUCAGCGCUGGGGAGCUACAGAACCAUUUCACAAAAUAGUCCUUCAUUUUCCUGUCACAACUAAUUCUUUGUACAUAUCUCAAAUUAAAAUCUCUUCGCUGUGUCAUGGCAGCCACUUGGUUCUUCUCCUUUAUGUUAGUUUUGCUGUAAUCUCCUUGUUUACUGACAACAUGCCAGGUGGUAACCUAACAUUAAACACACACCCCUUUUUCCACCAACAUGGAAUGGGUUCCAUCCCAUGUACCUAACAAGAAGUUGGUUCCCAGCUGGAAUCAAAAAAAGAGCAGGUGGUCAUAUUCUGCAGGUUGGAUGGCAUGAGAGAAAUCGUAGGAAGAAUAGAGUGUGCAGUUGUCUGUCAAUGUGAUCCACCGUUGUGCAUUUUACAAUGCUCUCCAUUAACGAUGAUUACAGUGGUUUCACUCAAAACUGGAGGAAACACGAGCUGGUUUGUUGAAUCGGACUAAUAUUCCAAGAAUCCUGAACAGAGUCAGUCCAAGAACUGAAUUUGGUGUAAGAAGGGGGUAACAGUAAGGGUUUACUGGUCCCACUUGAUGAUGAUGUGCUGAUGGUAUUUCAGCUGGUUUAUAGGCUGAAGCUGAAGCUGAUUCCUGAAAUGAGAGCACUUUGCACAGGAGUCAUUUUUUGAUCAUACACAAGUGCAAUCACACAUAAGCGAGUAUAUCCUGCUCUGACGUACAAUUACAUAUUGGAUUUUUACUUAUCAUAGCAGAAGCCAGUGUAAUUACAAGUUUGCAUUCAUUUUAAAGAAAACGUGUUAACAGAUGGUUUGUGUUGACUGAUGUAACAAGUGAUGGGAGUCACCUGUGUAUGUAGGUAAUGUUAAAUGUUUAAUCUAAAAUAAACACUGUUCUCCCGA